AUGUCGUGGCCUGGAACUCUGUGGGAAUCGGUGUGGCGGAACAGUCUGGACGAUGUGGAAAACUAUUUGAAUCUGAAGCAUCAUGGGCACUACUGGGUAUUGAAUCUGUGUUCCGAAGGCGCCUAUCGAGGCAACAUCACGAAGAUCUUUGAAGGUCGAAACACUCGCUAUUGGAUCGACGACCACAAUCCGUGCUCCCUCGCCCAAAUUCAAACGAUCAUCUAUCAGAGUGACAAGUGGAUGGCGCAGGAUCCUUCCAACGUUAUGGUCAUUCACUGCAAGGGAGGGAAGGGACGCACGGGCAUGAUCAUCGCGUGCCUGUUACUCGAGCAGGGCAUCAAGGACUCGCCGGAAGAUGCGCUGAGUCUCUUUGCGCGCAUGCGAACCAGUCGAGGCGAUGCGGACAGUGCUGCCGAGUCCGCGAAGAAGGAUUCGAUCAAAAUCCAGCGGGUUUCCUGUUUGGAUUCAGCGCUGCUUUGA